AUGCUGUUCCAGACCACUCUAGUACUCCUCGCACUUCAGGCGAGUGGCGUGGCAUCUGUGCCUUUGGAACAACGAGCAGUUCCCCUCGCCGAGCAAACGUUCGAUUAUGUAGUCGUUGGUGGUGGUACCGCUGGUAGCGUGAUCGCAACGCGACUAGCACAGAAUGACUUUAAAGUUGCCUUGAUCGAAGCCGGGGGACACUAUGAGCUUGAGUCUGUGGCUGAAUUUCCUGCAUCUGAUGCAUUGUCGGUGGGAUCAGAUCCUACUUUUAGAUCACCGGAGGAUUGGGGAUUUGUGACAAGAGAUCAGCCGGGUACCAAUAGGCGGGCGAUUCAUUUUGCCCGAGGAAAAUGUCUUGGGGGAUCCUCGGCGUUGAAUUUUAUGGUCUAUCAACGUCCGACACUCGAGUCUAUGGAUACAUGGGCAAGUGCAGUCAAUGAUAGCAGCUACGGAUUCGACAAAGUGCUCCCAUUCUACAAGAAGAGUGUUCAAUUCACGCCGCCAAACACCGACUAUAGGGCUCAGAAUGCCUCUGCGGACUAUGGUGUUGAUGCCUAUGACUCUGAUAGUGGUCCAUUGCAGGUAUCGUAUGCUAACUUUGCUCAACCUUUCUCGUCAUGGAUGAGCCUUGGCAUGGAAGCUAUCGGCAUCAAUCAAGUACAGGACUUUAACCUGGGUGAUAUAAUGGGAUCCCAGUAUUGCGCAUCGACCAUCGAUCCAUCCAACGAGCUCCGAAGCAGCUCUGAGCAAUCUUUCCUAUCCAAGAUCACGCCUAGCUCACUAACCACCUAUACAAAUACCCUCGCUAAGAAGGUGGUCUUUGAUGAAAACAAUAAAGCAACAGGAGUUCAAGUGAAAGGUUUGCUGGGCGAUACUGUCACCAUUUCGGCAUCGGAAGAGGUUAUCAUCUCUGCCGGUGCCUUUCAGUCCCCUCAGCUUCUCAUGGUGUCUGGCAUUGGACCCAUCGAUCAAUUGCAAGAGCAUGAAAUCAAUGUUAUAGCCGAUCGACCAGGAGUAGGUCAGAACAUGUGGGAUCAUCCGUUCUUUGCUCCUUCGUACCGAGUGCGGGUGACAACAUUCACUAGACUUGCUACUGACCUGCUAUACGCGGCUGGCCAAAUUAUCGAAGGAUUAGUCUCCAAAAAAGGAUUCAUCACAAAUCCAAUUGCGGAUUUUUUGGCAUUUGAGAAAAUUCCGCGAUUCUUGCGCUCGGCUUUUUCCGAGGAAACACAGAGUAAACUGGACAAAUUUCCAUCCGACUGGCCUGAAGCAGAGUACAUCUCUGGCGCAGGCUAUAUGGGCAACGCGUCAAACCUCCUAGCAAUCCAGCCAAAAGAUGGAUACCAGUACGCCUCAAUACUCGGUGUUCUGAUUACACCUAUGUCCCGAGGAAAUAUCACUUUGCAGUCGGCAGAUACCUCAGACUUGCCAGUGAUAAAUCCCAAUUGGCUCGAUGAUCAAGCUGACCAAGAAGUUGUCAUUGCCAUGUUCAAGCGAAUACGCCAGGCUUUCCAGAGUGAAGCUAUGGAGCCCGUGGUCAUUGGCGAGGAGUACAACCCUGGGCCGCAGGUGCAGUCUGAUCAUCAGAUCCUCGAGUUUAUCAAGAACCAUGUGAUGACCCUGUGGCAUCCGAGUUGUACUUGCAAGAUGGGAACAUCCGAUGAUGAUAUGGCUGUGGUUGACUCCCAGGCCCGGGUUUAUGGAGUGGACGGACUGCGAGUAGUUGAUGCUAGCGCCUUUCCUUUCCUUCCUCCUGGUCAUCCUCAGUCAACGGUUUAUAUGCUUGCCGAGAAGAUCGCAGCGGAUAUUAUCCGGGAUUCCCAAGUACAUUGA